AUGCACGGCGUGAAGCAGCUCCUCCGGCACUCGAGCCGCGGUGUCGCCCUUGACCGCUACUCCACUAUCCGCACUUUCUUCAGGCAACAGUCCAUCCCGGCUUCCCCUGCACCCUCAGUCACUCUCCGAUUUCGCCUGUCGUUGCGCUCGCCUACCACACAAUGCGUCCGACUCUUCUCCAUCCGCGCACCCCUCCAGGACUCUCACAGCCAGCAGCCUUCCAGCCCACAGCCCCAGCAAGACGUGAACAAGCCCACGUCCUCAGAGAAGGAGAAGGACCCGUCACAACACAAAGACUCUUUAGAGCACCUCGGCCUCGAACACUAUCCUCCGUUCUUCCGACAACUGGCUCUGUCACUCCCCCAUUUGCAGAGACCGACUCGCGAAGACUUCCUUAAGGCUGCGAACGGGUUUUGGCAGAGGGCACGGAUCCGCUUUCGAUGGCUCACCAUACGGUCCUUCCGACGGUACAAUGCGGACGAGAUUGGAGCGUUCUUCACUUGGUUCCUCAUGAGCCAGACUCUAUGGCUGUUUGUCGGGACGACAACGUUUUUCUCCGUGGUAUUUGCCAUAGCAAAUAGUCUCAGUCUCCAGGAGUACAUUGCACGCGCAAUCAGCGACUACCUCACUUCUGAGACUGGGAUCACCAUCAUCUUCGAGUCUGCAAUUGUCCCCAAAUGGCGUGACUCGCGCAUCUCUUUCAAGAACGUCUUCAUCACUCGUCGCCCGGACAACGUCCGCUUGCGACAGAAGACACUCGAGGGAUUGGGACACUCUGUUGCUGCGGGAUACGACUUGAGCAACCAUCCGUCCUACCAUGUUCGAAGCGACGAGGAGGAAGACGAUGAAGUGGACGACUUUUGUGACGAAGACACGAACUACUCCAUGUUCGACUUGAAUGUUGACUCGAUAGACGUGACGCUCUCGUUUGCACAGUGGUUUGAAGGCAAGGGACUGGUGGUGGAUGCAGUGAUAAAGGGUGUUCGUGGCGUGCUAGACCGUCGGCACGUUUCGUGGGAUCCUGACCAUCCAUGGGAUCCCGCUGAGUACCGCCACAAAGCGCAACCUGGAGAUUUCGAGCUCGAGUCACUGCAAAUAGAAGACCUCCUCUUGACCGUGUACCAGCCCAGUCACUUCCGCCCGUUUACCGCCUCAAUCUUCCGCGCCGACAUCCGCACAUUCAGGAAGCAGUGGGCGUUCUACGACUUCCUGCGCGCUGAGAACGUCGUUGGCCAGUACGACAACUGCUUGUUCAGCCUACACCGCCCGCAGAGCAUCGGGCGAACGACGGACCAGGACUUGAAAGAUGGCAAAUGGAGCCGUAUGUCCCGCUUCCGCAUGGAUGGCCUCAAUAUCGACCAUUUGCAGUCUAUGUCCACCUCCGGGGGGCCAUUCUCGUGGCUCACCUCCGGCAAGGUCGACGCCGUCUUCGACAUCAAAUUCCCCCGCGACCCGUCCGAGGGUCCCGCGCUGAACGAGCUUCUCGGUGAGCUCGCAGACCGCCUUGCGGACCGCCUUGCGGACCGUCUGGCGGAUCACAUUCCUGGAACGCGGGAGCUCGCCAAGCCGCCGCUACUCGCACCAUCGGAUGAGGACGACGAGCAGAUCGAGGGCGACGACAACACGCCGAAAGUCGUCGUCGACAUCGACCUGCGCUUCCGUGACCUAAAGGCUGUCGUGCCUCUGUUCACGAGCGACCUCAGCUACGUGAACAACGCGCUCAUCCGCCCUAUUGUGGCUUUCAUGAAUGCCAACCGGACCCUUAUCCCUAUUCGUUGCCGCGUUGUCCAAGACCUUGAUAACUUCAGUGGUUGCUGGACGAUGUGGGAGACGGGUCUCAUGGACGUCAUUGCCAUGAAGGUCUAUGAAGCGAUGGCGUACCACGUCACACAAGCUAACUUCCAACGACGCGUGCGUGCAGUAGGCGCAUGGAGUCUCCAGAUGACCGCGAGCGCACUCAUGUCAACCCUGCGCACGCUUCUGGACCCCAUGACCACGCGUCUGCGCGAAGUGUACGAAAGCAGGACUGCCGCCUCUGAGGUGCCUCUCGGCUUCCCGCUCCUCCACCAAGUCAUCCUAGCCCCAUGA